AUGUCGGAUAAAAAUGAAGAAUUUAAUUAUGUUCAGUCAGAAAGCAGUACAGUAAAAAAAAUUAAACUAAAUAAUAGUGUAAAUAUUGUAACGGGGAAUGUAAGAGACGAGCAGCAGUUAUCAAGCAAAUUAAAAGAAUUAGAAAUCAAUGGUCAUUUGAAAGGUGAAAUCAAUGAUCAUUCGAAAGCUGAAAUUAUCAAAGUCAGGGGCAGUAAAGCAAAAGAAUCAGAAUCGCCGGAGAAACGUAUAUUGGCGACUGAACCGAUUGAAGCGAUUGUGAAGAAGAUUGUUGAGAGCGGAAUUGAUUUGACAAAGCUGACUCCUGAUGAGAUUUUAGCGAAACUCGGUGGUUAUGUUGCUGAACACAUUGGCUCUAGAAGCUUUCCCCCCUCGACCAUUCUUUUUAUCACAUUUAACAAUUCUGUAUUCUUUGACAAUCAAGAGGAACUUCAACAAAGGCUUGAACCACUUGGUAUUCAACCAAUUUUCAAAAAUUAUCCCGACCAUCAAGAACGGCAUGCGAAGGAAGUCACAAAUUUUGUCAUAAAAUGUGCUGUCAAUUCUUGGAUGGAAAAGAAAAAGUUUUCUGUAAUGGUGAGCGCGGAUCAAGAAUAUCCCACGUCCAUUAUCACUUCUUUUUUGGGAAAUAUUCGGUUUUGGUGCGAUAAGAAUUCAGUCGAAAUAAUUGUUGCGCGGUUUGGCGUGUACAAGGAAUCAAAGGGAGAUAUAGAGAAGCGAUGUUACUUCGCGAGAGCCAACGAUACCAUUUUCUCGAAUAGCUUAGAGCCGGAAUCGACAGAAAUUAUUGACUUGAUCGUUUUGUAUUUAUACAAGUUUGUUUCGAUCAAUGCGACUGAAUUCAUCAUCGAUCUUUGUAAUGAUGCAAAGAACGACCACGCUAAUCACGGAUUCUGUGCUUGCUACUUCGCCUCAGUAAUGAUCGAUAAUGAAAUCUGGUCUAGUGUCGAACAUUAUGGUAGUAAUUCAUUACAUACUUCCAAUGAUAAUCUUCAUUUGCUAAUGCACAUAUUAUUUAAUGUACAAGUCCAAGCACAAAGAUUCACUGAUGAGGAAAUUCGCACUAAAAUUCGCAAAGCUCCCACUUCGAAUGAAGCGCUUUUAAUCGUCCAAGCGAAUUCCGACCUGCAACGCAACGAUUGGAAUGACGAAUUUCGUCUACAACUGAUCAGCAAAGCGGUUUCGGAAAAAUAUAUCCAGCAUUCGCCGCUCCGAUAUAAAUUACUUGCCACUUCCGCCAACGAGUUUAAAUUGACGUAUGCUAAUUUGUCGAGUACCGAAAACUAUUGCGAAAACGAACGAUUGAAAGAAUGCGUUGGUCUGGCUUCCAUGCAAGAAUCGGAUCUAGCUUGGUAUAAUAAUCUAUUGUUGGACAUUAGAAAAAAUUCAUUCGAACGUGAAGUGUUAGGGAUUGUAGAAUCACGUAAUGCUUUAAACGUGACAAAUUUAUGUGCCACUAGCCAAUUGAUUGAGAUCUGA